AUGAAGCUCUCUGCUGUUCUUUCCACCUUGAUGGUGGCUGGCCUGGUUGCCGCGGCUCCUCCUGCUCCUCGUCCUACUGGCCUCCAGAUUCAUUCUCAUCCGGACUCUCCUCCUAAUGCUCCUGCUCCCAAGCCCCACGACGACGGUCCUCACAGGCGGGAUGACGGACCCAAGCUUCCCAAGGACGACUCUAAGCCUCAUGAUUCGCCCAAGCCCAAGCCAAAGAAGAAGGACCCUGCUCCGAAGGAUCUUAAGGGCCCUAAGGACCCAAAACCCCACGACCAUGGCCCUCACAAGCGUGAUGGCCCAAAGCCUCCUAAGGACGGUCCCAAGCCCAACGAUUCGCCGAAGCCUCAACCUCACAAGGAUGCUCCCGCCCCUAAGGAUCCCAAGCCUCAUGACAAUGGUCCCCACAAGCGUGAUGACGGACCGAAGCCUCCAAAGGAGGGACCUAAACCUGACGACUCACCGAAGCCUCACAAGCAGGCUCCCGCUCCCAAGGAUCCUCAGGGCCCAAAGGACCCCGAGCCUCAUGACAAUGGUCCCCACAAGCGUGACGGACCCAAGCCUCCUAAGAAAGGCCCCAACCCUGGCGAUUCUCCCAAGCCUAAGCCUCAACCUCACAAAGACGCACCUGCUCCCAAGGACGACAAGCCGCACGACAACGGUCCUCACAAGCGUGACGAUGGCCCGAAACCUCCCAAGAACGGUCCCAAGCCUGACAACUCGCCCAAGCCUAAGCUCCAGCCUCACCAGAAGGCUCCUGCUCCCAAGGACGACAAGCCUCAGGAUCCUCCUAGGCCCAACUGA